CCACUAAUCGGAUCGGUUCCUGAACUUGUAUUCAUUAUGCGGUACUGAAACAGCAGGACGGUUCGCAUUGAACGACAUUAGGUGUAUCGCAAAUGUAAAAUGUCUCUUGUGUUUAUGUUUAUACUUUUGUGUAGUUGAUUACGUUUAUAUUAGAUCUGUAAAUAGUUGCUGCUCGAAUUAAAAUGAAAAUGGAAGAGGAUGCAACUGUAAUGAGUAAACUGGAGUGCUUAAAAGAAAUCAGAAGUCGUACAAUUCAUUUGGAAAAAGUGAAAUCUCGUCUCAGGCAAGAAAUUGAGGCAACUGAAGGAGAAGAGAAAUGUCUGAUUGAGUAUAGACAUGAGAUGGAAUUACUCCUGCAAGAGAAGAUGGCCCAUGUUGAAGAACUGCGACAGAUUCAUGCUGAUAUUAAUAUUAUGGAGAAUGUUAUAAAGCAGUCUGAGGAGGAUAGAAACAAGCAUUUGGAAAAUGCAAAAACAUUGCACCAUGAUUACAAGCCUUUAAAGGAACUUGUUGAUACUCUGAGGCAUGAAAUAGGACUCAGCAAAUUGCCAGAACUUCAUGAAGAAGAUGAAAACUUUAAGCCAGAAUUUUUUGAGAAACAGAAAACAGAAUGGCAGAAUGAGAUUCCAGAGCAGGCUCUACCUUCUUCUUUGUCAGCUGGUGCUUCAAGCCAGCAGAUGCAGGCUGGAAGAAGCAAACCUCUGCAAGAUCGCCCUCAACCAGCAGCUUUCCGGCAGCAGCCACCUCCCAUGAAGAGUUGCUUGUCAUGUCAUCAACAAAUUCAUCGUAAUGCUCCCAUUUGUCCACUUUGCAAAGCUAAAAGUCGAUCAAGGAAUCCCAAGAAACCAAAGAGAAAACUGGAUGAUUAAGAUUGAUUGACCAAGGUGGAGUGCACUCCAGACUUGUACCCAGCGGCAGCUCAUCCAUUUUGACUGCAAAACUACAGACCCCCUGAACUUAUUUUUUAAAAUUAACAUUUCUUUAAAAAAAAAACUGGAUUUUCUUAUUUUUCCAUAUUUAAACUUUGAUUUUGUUUGCUUAAUCUGAGAGUCCAAUGAUAAAAAAAAGUAAAAAAAGCAAAUGAAAAUGGACCUGUAGACAAGAGAAAUGUUGUGGUGAUUGUUUAUGUAGCCCAUAAAAGUCAACUGGUAACUGAUUGAUUGCAAUGAAGAAAGCAACCCUUUUUUCCCUUUGAAUUAAGAAUUGGUGGAUCUGCAAUCAGAAUUAGACAUGGCUUGGAGCGCUGAUAAUUUCUUUUUUCACUCUCACCCAAAAUUUCUCUUCGUUCUGUCUCUCUCUCUCUUCUUCCACCUCCCUUGUUGGAUAUUUAUGAAUUUUAGUUUCGAUUUUUGUUGCAUUGACAGAGACUCAUCUGCUUUAUUGAAUAUUCAUUCUAUUUUGUAAGAAAUUGCAUUUUUGAAAAAAAAAAAAAAAAUAGUGGGCUGUUUUUUGAAAUAUUAUUCAAGUGAAAAUUUUUGUGAAGGAUCAGUUAUAAUAGUUGCAUGUAAAAAAAAAGAAUGUUAUAUAUCUGAAUAAUAUUUAACAUUCACCAUCUUAUCUGUUAUAAUAUUCAGUUUUGGAUGAGCAUUAUCAAACUGACUAGGCACAGAUGGAAAUAUGUUUGCAGAGAGGGAAUCAUUGACUCUUUUAUCUGUUGAAUUAUUUCAAAUUUAGUAAUUACUUAUUGAUAAAGUUGCUAGAAAUUUGUAUCAGAUUGGUUGUUUUUCUUUCUUAAUUGCAGUCUCUUGGUAAAUAUUUUUGUGCAGUACUUCUAAUUGAUAAGCUGACAAGCCAUUACUUCUGGCACUUUUUAAAAAAAUUUAUUUGCUUCUGAAUUUUAUUGAACAUUUAAUGGUGUAAAGUUCUUUUAGUUUGAGUCUUAAGUUUUAGAAUGUAAAACAUUUCCCAUGCUUUACUUCCCCCCCCCCUCCUCUUCUGCAUGUGUGGUACUGAAAUCUCGUUUUGGUGUACUCCUCUAUAAAUACUGUUGAUUUUCUAUGUGCCAAAAAUGUUUGUUUUUUCCACUGUUCUCUUCUGGAAGUUGAAGUAUAUGUAUUACAUUUCACUUAAAUGUUAUCAUUUUACUGCUAUGUCAUAUGUGAAUCUCAAACCGCAUAUUUUUAUUUGUUUUUUAAUCUGAGUAAAUGUAUAUAAAUUGUCUUAUUCAUGACAUAUUUGAAAAAGAUUUUUUUAUAUACUUUUGUAUUAUUAUUUCAUAUCGUACAUUAAUUUCAACAUCAUAUUAUAAUGUCUAUUAUCAGCUAAAUGUUUUUUUAAGUAAGGAAUAAAUUCUUAGAUUUCAAUAAUUGACUCCAUAUUGUAAUUAAUUAUCUUAUUCUCCAUUUUAUUAUAAUAUAUUUACAAACUAGUCAAUAAAUCAUUGAGAUUACAGACAUAUCUAUCAUUGUUGAAAUAAUGAUGAGAUAAGGCCAAUUUUUUUAUUGUUCUUUCUUUUUAAUGAUAAAAAUUAUAUCUGAAUGUUCUAUUAAGUCAGUAAAUGAGUAUGCAGUCACCUCUAUUUUGAAAAGAAAAAGUAACAGACUUGUGUUUUAGACUAUUGGUUACUAAUUGGCUUAAAAUGUUGCUUAGAUUUAAUUGAUCUAUAUAAUGAUCAUUUGAAUUUUGAUAUAGAUAAAAAAAAUGUAAACACUUUUUCCAAUUAAAUUCCAUAAAUCUAUUAGAUUUUUAUAUUUAGUAAUUAGUUUCUCUACAGAUUUAAAUAAUUUUCUGAAAAAAUAUUCAGAUUUUAUCUACAGUCUUUUCUGUCUGUUUUUAACUGUCAAAUUUUCAUGACUUUAAGGCAUAUAAAAUUAUUUCAUGUGACAAAAUUUGAUUAAUAUUUUCUAAUUAAACUAAUUAUUUCAUAUUUACUAAUUAUUUGUAAUCAUCAGUGCAUUUUAGAUGGCUAUUGAAAUUUGAAUCUCAUCUAUGAAUUAUGCAUUCAUGGUUGCAUAGACAGGGUUCUUUUUUGUCCAUAAGAUAUUAAUUAAUUUUGUGUAAUCAGAAUAAUUUGUCAUUAGCAGAGAAAUUUACAUUAAAAGUAAGUAAUAAAAUUAUCACUGACAUUAUAUGCUUUUUAAACAUUUAAAAAUCAUGUAAGUUGUCCAUUAAAACUAGUCAAGAUUAUUUUGCUGAUGUAAAAGUAUCACAAAUUUAAAAUAUAUUUGGAGUAAAUUUGACCAAUGAAUAUCAUUCAAACAGUAGUUAAGGAUUAAUUACAACUGAUAUUAUGUUUUCUUUUUACUGUGGAUACCUUACUCUUUUUGUGAUUUUUUUAAAACCAAAUAUAAAGGGACAUUGAUGUUUAAUGUUUGAUUUUCAGAUGUGAAUAGUGAAUAAUAUUGUGUAUUAGUGCACUUAUGAAUAUCUAUUUCCUCUUCAUGUGUUUAUGUAAUCAAGAUAUAGAUAUAGAAAUUUUUGUGAUGCCUGUCAUUUUCUUGAAUUAUUCAGAAUAAAAA